AUGCAAGAACAAUACGGACUUCUGUGCCUACUAUGCUUGUUUAUCUCGGGAUACUACGCACAGGACCCAACAACAACAAUCAACCCGAAUUGGUUUGGUGAUCCAAGAUUAUGCACAACUAAUCCACCACCAACUCCAUCAACGCAAAACCCGCCACAAUUCCCUAAAUUUCCUCUCAAAGCAGAAUUCACACUUGAACGCGUAGAAGUUAGCAGCCUAUUAUCGAACUUAACACUUCCAAGCAAACUAUCGCUCUAUGAAUAUCUCUUCGAUUACAACGCAAAUACAAUGAUAUUGGUGAAAAAUCAAAAUGGAUUUAUCGAUGCUGAAUAUUACUAUUACAAUAUACUCAAGAAAUCGACGUACUAUGGAGGAAAAUACUGUACUGUUAAUGAUAUUGGAGUCAACAACAUCAUGGAUGGUGCAUCGGCUAUCAAACUAGCAGAUGGUACAUGGCAUAUUCGUCCUCUAAACGAAUUCUUACUCUUCUCCAGCGACACUCCGGAUCAAAAAAUAACACCAGUUUAUAUUGGCAACGAUACCAUCCGUGGUAUUCCCGUUAAUAAAUGGUUAUCGUGUUACGUUGAUCGAUCACAAUAUCGAACAGUUCGCCGCAUCUGGUCUUUUGCUCAACAAGGUGUGAACACACCAACUGGUCUUGUUGGCGAAUUCGCUCACCCAGUUCAAGCCGAAAUCAGUGGUUCAUUCGAUUUUCCCAACGGUACACAAGCAGCAGAAGUCGACGAACUUUACAAUGUCAUCUCAUACAGAGCAGGCAUUGCGGAAUCCAGCUCUCAACUUGCCCCACCAAAAGGUGUAUUCUGUGGCAGUGGCCAAGGUCAAGCAUUAGUUUCACUUGGAGAUGUUGGUGUUGGUUGGCCAAAUCGUUUCAGUGUUCGAGUCGAAGCUUCAACAAGUCGCAGUUCAGAAUGGCAACGCUUUCAUUUACGUUAUGAUUCUGGUCGAGAUGGCAGCUCCAGACGCUUACGUUACGAUUAUAAUCCACCUGGCGCAGAAGAUUUCGUUUCUGUUAUUCAUGAUUAUGCCAAUCAAUUAACUUAUACGAUCGAUCGUCGCGCUGGUUCAUGUCGUAUCAAUCGAACGGUUGAUAUGCCAGAUUUUAGUCCAACACGUGAUCCCAUUGAAUUUUUUAUUAAACACGAAGGUCGAUUCAUCUUCAAUCCACCUGAAAAAGUUUGGGAAUUCAACGGAUUUCGCGCUUGUCGAGGAAAUACAAUUCAAUGUACAAUCCUAACAGCAUCUAUAGACAACUUUCCACCCAUGGUUGACAUCGAUACUGGUAAACCAACAGGUGAAAACUGGAUAGCAACAAAUAUUGAAUACGCAUGGUCUCGACGUGCUCCAUUUGCUCCAGGAUUCAUGAAUCGAACACGAUUUGAUUAUCCCGCUACAUUAUACCUUAGUCUCUAUCGAUUUGAAAAUCCAAGUCAACCAUCUACAGUCGGUCUUCGAAGCGAAGAUAUCGAAUACGAAUUCUUCGAAAUGUCUCAUGAAAGACAUCCUCAAGAUUUCGAUGUCAGCACAUGCUAUCGAUCAUUAGGUUAUGAAUAUCUACAUUUGAUGUUCGUCAUGAAACUCAACCGAGGUAACAUUGUCGAUAGUAAUCAUUUAGAUCGACGAGAAUUAGAAUUCUUCUUGUACUUUGCAAUCCACAAUGCAUCGGAAGUUACCUUUUCACGUAUUAGUGAAAUCGAAGUUGACCAUGAACGUGUUGGUAACGAUGUGACUGUCUUUUUCACUCUUCUUGGACGAACACCAAGCCCAGGCUCACCAUCUGGCUUUGUUGAUGAAAUCACUGCAGACACAGCUCGUAACAAAUUGAAAACUGCUAUUGACAAUGACCAAUUCUACUUCGAUUUUCCCCUUAUGGACAACUCUACAGUUCAAUUCAAAGCUCAAUCUGGUUCAUUGAAAGGAUCGAAACAGUACAUGUCGACGCACUCAGCCGGUCGAGUGAGAACCAUUGAAGAAUAUUCAUCGGGUGCCGAAGCAACAGCUAUUAUCGUUGGUUUACUCAUUGGUCUUAUUGUGGGUGUCAUUAUCGCCGGAGUUGUUCGAGUUAUUCGAGGAAAACCCAUGCCUAAAGCAAUAUCGUUGUCGAAUCCUCUUCCAUCAACAAUCAACUUCCGUUCAAAUAAAAAUGCCGCGCCAUCGAAUGCCUAA